AUGAUUCGGCAGCACUGUGCUCUGAAGCUACCAAGGGCUGCGACAGGAAACUACGUCGCUCCUCACUUCGUCCUGUACACAGAUCGUUUCGUGCCAGCGCACACGGGUCCCCCGCCCGUAUCUGAGGUUCAGGUAAGAGUAUUGUCCUUCCUCCUCAUCGAAGGCGCCUACGACAAAGCUGCCGAAUGGGCCCAGAUGAGCCCGGUGGACAGAUCGUCCAUAAAGGCUCAGUAUGCCGCAGCUGGGAUCAAGCUUUUAGUCUCUGCAUUCGGCAGUACGGACAUACCUACGACUUCAAAUGCUGACCCUGUCGCCACGGCGGAUAGUAUGGCAGCGUGGGUCAAGCAGUAUAGUCUUGACGGUAUUGACGUGGACUACGAGGACCUCAACGCGAUGACGGCUGGCGAUGGUAAAGCGGAGGCUUGGUUGAUCGCGUUCACGAAGCAGCUCCGGGUGCACCUGCCCCAGGAUCAGUAUAUCGUGACACAUGCGCCUCUAGCCCCAUGGUUCUCCCCAGGCCAUUGGGGCGGAGGAGCAUAUCUGACGGUAGACAGAACCGUCGGCCACUUGAUUGACUGGUUUUACAAUCAGGGCCUCCUGGAAUACGUUACGUGUCCCGGCCUGAUUACGGCUUCUUCCCCUACCUGGCCAAACACUGCCGUCUUCCAGAUCGCUGCCCAGAGCAUUCCACUGAAUAAGCUGGUCAUAGGCAAGCCUGCCCUACCCGCCGUGGAUGCCAGUAACGGAUGGAUGGAUCCUCUGACGCUCUCUUCCUGUCUGAAGGAAGCGAGGCAGAAUGGCUGGAACGCGGGCGUCAUGACUUGGCAGUAUCCGGAAGGAGGAGCGCCAUGGAUAAGCGUCGUACGGUCCCAGGCUUGGCCGGUGUAA